AUAUAUUCACAGAGUGAGGAACUUUUGAAAUGAGAGGAGGAUAAGGUAAAGAAAUAACUUGUAAUGGCAAUAAGAGCUUACAUUACUACAUUGGCUUCAUCAAUUCAAGCUGCUGAAAACAGUCGAGAAAAAGUCAAAGGUUCAAGAUUCAGAAGGACAACAAGGGUUACAGACAGUAAUGGACUAGGAGAAGGAAGAAGAGCAAUCCUGCUUGCAACUUUAGCUGCUGUUAAUGACUCAAAGACUGAACUUCUUCAAAAGUACUUGAAGAAAUCAGAGGAAAACAAAACCAAGAAUGAUAAGGAGAGACUAGACAGCUAUUACAAGCGCAAUUACAAGGACUACUUUGCUUUUGAAGAAGGCACAUUGAGACAGAAGAAAGAACUUACUGAAACAGAAAAGGGUAUUCUUGAUUGGCUUGAUGCUAACAAAUAAAAUGUAUCCUCUUCCAAUUAAUGUAAAAGAUGUUAGGCUAGUUUUUCAAGAAUUCCUUGUAUUUGAUCAAAAACUAUAUUUGCAACAAUCUCAGGGGAGAAUUUGUUGAUCAUAUCUUGUCUGGCUUUCUCACCUUUACUCUUGGCUUCUUCUGGAUUGCUCAUUACAUGCCUCAUUAAAAACUGUAGGUUAUCAACAGAAGGCUCUGCCCAUAAAUGGCCUUUAAAUGGCCCAUUAGUAACUUCACUCAUUCUAUCAAUAGAGAGUGGGUAGCUGUUGACUUUGGUCAAAUACUCUGUUGGUCCUGACCAGUUUGUGGCAAUCACUGGUAGAGACAUAGCCAUGGCUUCAACAAUUGGCCUUCCCCACCCUUCACCUCUAGAUGCCAAGAUAAAAGCAUUGGCUGCUUUAUAAAGUCUUGGAAACUCAACUUGGGCUAUGUGAGAAUCAAUCACAUAAACUGGAGCCCAACCGUUUAUGGGUUUUUCCAACUUGGAAUCGUGUAUGAAUUCUAGAAUCUUGUUCCCGAAAUUUUUAUCAGAAUGGUAAGGGUUUGUUAACAGGUAUAAGUUAACCCCAUCAGAAGAAUCGAAUUCUUUAAGGUAAGAUUGUAGUAAAACAUCCCAACCUUUUCUGUACUCCCAUUUGAACACACUCAAGAACACAAAUGGAUUUCUAGAAUUCAAUCGUUCUGAACUUGAACCGAGUACCAAAUUCCCUAAAGCUGAAAGAUCCAAUGGGGUGUAUUUGAUUGGAUCAAAGAAUUCCGUAUCUAUGGCCUGUACAAUUUUCACGACUUUUGAUGGAUCAACGCCACUAUUUACAAACGAAGACACGUGAAAUUCAGUAGGAACCCACACCAUAUCCAUGGAAUUGCAUCGCUUUACAUGCUCGGGGUUCACCCUAUCUGUUUCAAACAUUGUUCGGCCAAUAGUAAACCUGCUGUUUGGUGGUGGACAAGGUGUUGUUUGAAACAAUGGCGGACUCCAAGCACCAGGCUCACUGUGACAAAUUGCAAUCGACUCCUCUGGUCUACAUUGAGUUUGGUAGAGCUCAGAAGCUAACCUUUGCAUCUCUACAGGCAAACCCUCCCAAAAUUGAAAAUUAUCGCUAUCCCCGUGUGGAGCGAUACUCAAUCUGAAGUUACUGGUUUUGCUAUACUGAUUGAGCGCUAAUAUAUAAGACCAAGCUUCAGAACAAUAGCCGCCACCAGAAAAGAAUGGAGCCAUCCAUAGCAAACAGUGAUUAGAAAGCAGAUUAGGGCUUGUUGACGUAGAUUUACUAGGGUUUAAAAUUGUGCGAUUGAACCCAAGAAUUCUCAAAAUAUGCGAAAGAAGCGGCGAGACAGUUGGAUUUAGGUAUUGAGUUUUUACAUAAUUUGUUUCGGGGAUGAUGAAUGAGACUGAAAUUGCAAUGACGAUGACUAAAAUUGAGAAGAAACAGGAGGAUUUCAUUAUUGAAAUCCGGGGAUUGCAAUUUUGUGAAUUAUUGGAAUUCAUGACUAGUGAUGAAACUCAGAUUCUGGACACAAAUCAGACUGCAUCUGCAUAUAAAUGUUUGUAUCCGUGUCUGUGCAGAAAGAGAGAGAGUGUCAUUGUGUUGCAAUUUGGAAGAUGCAGUUGCGUGAAUUCUCUU